UCGAAGUUCCAGUCGGAACGUCAACGUCGAGUGGGCAGUCGUACGUCGAUUGUUGAGCGGCUGUGGCACAUAUAUAAACAAUAAAUACAAUUCGUAAUUUUAAUUGAAUUAAGACAAUAACAACAACGGUUUCUGGGACUCGGUUGCCUUGCCAUAUGUGACACAAAGCACACACAUGCGACCGUAAACUCAGAACUCUGUAUUUGCGCGAAUGUGGGUGCAUAAAAGUGAAAUUUCACAGCGACAAGUGGAAAAGAAAACGGAGAAAGGCAGAGCUGUGGCCAAAAGAAAAUCCUGGUCAUGUCAUGCAACAAUAACAACAACUAUAAAAACAAAACCACGUACGGCUAUUCGAACAACAAUGAUACCAACUGCAUCAUGCAGAAGCCAGUGCCCGCCUCCACCGCACCCGCCUUCCCUCAGCUGAUCCAGGCCAGCUGUUCCAACGCCGUGGAGGUGGAUCCACCAGACAGCAUUGUGGGGGCUGCCGGCAACUCCGAAGCUCUCUUCGCCGCCCAGCGCACACCGGACACGUCGGAGGACAGCGAAUGUGACCCGUUUCUAGCCAGUCGGAGAGCUACCCGCUCCUCCGCCACCACCUCUGUGCUACACAACCGGAAGCGCAACUCGUGUUGGGGACGAGCCCACAGCUUUCUCACCCGCAACUGGUACCUGGGCUGCUUAGUGCCCGCCACCAUUCUAGGCGCCCUCGUCUUCAUCGGAUGGGCGACGCGGGACUAUGCUCGCCAAUUGCUCUUUUGGAUCGAAAUGCAGAACGCCUGGAUAACAUUUGCCGUCUACAUGGGGCUCUUCGCUCUUGUCAGCUUCCCCGUGGUGGUGGGCUACUUCGUUCUGCUCAUCACCGCCGGUUACCUGUUCGGCUGCCUGCGCGGUUGGGUCACCGUGAUCCUGGGCGCCAAUAUCGGCAUAGCCGUGGCCCAUGCCACCAUUCGCAGCUGCCGGCACCGCAUUCCCGUCCAAAGGCUGAUCAAGAAUGAUACGGGACGAGCCAUUCUUCGCGUCAUUUCUGGCCCAAAGGCAUUUCGAGUCGUUCUCUUUACCCGACUUACCCCCAUUCCCUUCGGAGUGCAGAAUGUGAUAUUCGGAAUCAGUUCCAUCAACACAAGAGACUACCAUGUGGCCACGCUGAUUGGUUUGCUGCCAGCCCAAACCAUCAAUGUUUACUUGGGUUCCACGCUAAGGUCCAUGCAUGAAGUGCUCAGUGAUAACGAUACCAAACUGACGGGGUAUAUCAGCUUCCUGUUUGAGGUAAUUUGCGGCGUGGCCUUGAUGUUCUGGGUAUUGCAGAAGGCCAGAAAGGAGCUGUCUGAGACGUUGCUGAGCGCUGAUUACAAUAACGAGGGCAAGCAUCCCGACGUACAAGUUUAACAGGAGCCACUUGGGGAACGGAGUCCUACAGGACCCCCAGCCAAAGAGAAUCUCCUGGACUUUAACAGAAGACUGCGUUUUUGCAUUACCUAGUUCAAACUAAGGCGGUUUUCGAGUUGUUUUAUUUAUUUAUGCUCAAGGCAAUGCCAUUGAAACCAAACAUUAAGCUAGCCUUAGCAGAUACGGAUUCAAAUCACACUCGUUCCCUAAAACUGUAUGAGGGUGUGUCAUGCUUCACAUCACACAUUACUUCUAAGAAUUCCUGAGAUGUACAUUUAUAAAUAAGUCAAAGCCUCGCUCAAAGACCGCUAGCUCGAAGACUCGAUUGUUGGUCAUAAUGCUGCUCUAUAAUGUUGUUCAAUUAUUAGUUUGUAAGCGAAUAAGCAAAUAAAUGAGCUCUAAAGUAC